CGAGAUCGUGCUGGCGCUGGCAUCUCUACCGCCCCUCAAGGGCAAGGCGGAGUGCCAUGCAAUGCCCAAUGCAUUUCAAAGCUUAGGAGAUGACGCGUAUGGGCCACAGUUCGCCCACAACGUGCUAGUCAUUGCGCCCUCCCCAGCAUUGGCCAAAGCAGCCGCUGCAGCUGUGGAAAGGCGCAAGAAGGACCGCUCCCUGGGCCUCGUCGCCGGAGUCGCGCCGAAGUCUGUUUUUUCGCGGAGCCUAAGUCGUGAUGACAGCGAUGAGAUCUCUGUGGUGGACCUAGAGGACUUGGACCCGGAAGAUUUCGACAUCCUCGUCCUACUGGAUGCAGACGACCUUAGCGAUGAAUUUUUGGAGGAUUGGCUCCGGGAUAAGUUCAUUGUCCUGCACUGGCAGGCGGUGAAAUCGCCUGAAGAGAUGGACAAACAGGUGGAGGAGCUGAUUGAACGCCUGGACGAGGCAGAAGUGAAGGCAGCCUGUGGGGCUGGAACAUCCUGCUGAGGUGGAUUUUGCUAAGCAACUUCGUGGCUAGAACUGAUGUUUCACGGGCUGUUGAAGGGCUGGGUCUUGGCACGCUUUGAACGUGACGUGUUAUGACUGCCUGCCGCAAUGGUUCCAUACAUGAAAAGCUCAGCUAUCCGAAAGCCUCCAAAAGUAUAAAGUUUACGUAGCAAAGGGGUCCCCCCCAAAAAAAAAGUUCAUCCCGAUGGUUUUGAUGGUGACAGUUCUAUCCUUUGGUGCAAUUUGGGGAGCCCCUGGUCCGCCCUAGGCUGACUCCUGAACAGUGUGCCUUGGGUGGCGCAGAGAAGCCUGGUCUACCCAAUGAGAAGCCGAGGCAUUGAGCAAGUGCUGUACGAAUGAAUUUGGAAUGGCCAUGGGUGUUUCUUGAAGCAACACAUGUGGGAUCAUG